AUGGUUUUGGAUGCAUUUGUUGUUUCCCUGGAUACUUUGACUGUAGGACAGUCAACUCAUUGCAUAUUGUCUGCUCCUUACCCUUUUAUAUGCCUUGCAGAAAAAAUUCUUGUCUUGCUGCGUGAUGGUCGAAAGCUCUUGGGCCUACUCCGUUCCUUUGAUCAAUUUGCUAAUGUUGUUCUUGAAGGUGCUUGUGAGCGAAUUAUUGUUGGAGAUCUUUACUGUGACAUUCCCUUAGGUCUAUAUGUAAUCCGUGGGGAGAAUGUUGUUUUAAUUGGAGAGCUGGAUUUAGAAAAGGAGGAGCUUCCCCCGCAUAUGACUCGUGUAUCAACAGCAGAAAUAAAAAGAGCUCAGAAAGCAGAAAAGGAUGCUACUGUUUUAAAGGGCUCCAUGAGAAAAAGAAUGGAGUUCCUUGAUUUUGAUUAACAGGUCCAGUUGUUUUUGUUACAAGUUCACACCUUGUUUGCAAAUAUUAUUGCAGCGGAGACCCAAAAGAAAAUGGAAGAGGGUGGGAAAAGUCAAACUUAUUAUUGCUUCCUGUCUUGCUGGAGGUUAGUAAAAAGAAGAAAAAAAAAUAGUAACAAUUCUGAAGGCCUAAUUUGCUAAAGUUGGGGAGAAUGUUGGGUUUCCGGACUGUUAGAGCCAUGAUGACAUUUUCCUUAGACCUCCGUAGCAUGUGGGGUAAAUUGAUAUGUGCAGUACACAAAACUGGGUUCUUUAGUUUUAGUUAGGUUUUUGAUUUUUUCUAGUUGUAUCAAAAUUUAUGUUUGAUCUCCCCGGUUAUUCUCUUUUUACUCCCUC